UCGUCCUCUGCAAGUUGCACGAUAUACAACCCUCCAGGUCAUAGAAGGGAUGAUAGAACCCUGCGUCUUUCCUCUGAUCGCUCUGUUUUUCUUGUGUCCAUAGCAAGCAAAACGUUGGAUGGCUCCCUGAACUUACUUGUGAUAACUCAAAGAGUUCGAUGUUCCUACUCGAAACGAAGCACAUCACGGAAUUGGUACUCUAAAUCCUAGAAAGAAAAUGGAAGCAGGAGCUGCAAAAAAUGGUGCUUCAACUUCAGCUAAGGAGGAAAUUAGCAGAGAAGAGGAGCGAAGGCCUUCCCUCAACAGUUUAGCCCUCAUGAGAAAAGCGACCACACCAACCGACAUUUCGUCCAUUGACAUGAAGGAUUGGCGCGACGUCGUAUACGAGGGAGUGCUCUUGGAGGAAAAUACACAGAAGUUUUGGGUCGAUAAGAAGCACCACAAGAACUGCUUCCUGGUGCUUCCAAAGGCAUGUGACAUUGCUGGGGGCGAUGAAGAAAGUCGCUGGAGUUGGAUCACCGAGAAAAUAAAAUGGUUCAGUUUUCGCAGCGCUGUCGACAUAGACAUCCCCAAAUUGAAGCAGUCAUCCUACCUCUUUAUUCAGGGAAGAUUCAACACAAGAGCGCUUUCUCCCAAUACUACGUAUGAGGUCGCGUUCGUGGUCAAACUUGGACCUGACAAUUUAGGGACAUCGGAGUUGAAUCUCGAGCUAGACUUGCCAAAUGCGCCCGAAGGGAACAAACGGCCCAACCGGCAGGAUCUGAAGAAUGAGCCGAGGGGGAAAUGGAUAAAGCUCCGUGCCGGCGAGUUCAUGAUGGGCCCAAAGACCGUGGGGAGGAUUUCUUUCGCCCUCCACGAGACGCGCUAUAAUGAAAAGUCGAACCUCAUCCUCAGGGGCGUUCUUAUUCAUCCCAAGGAUGAUUCAGCAAAGCAUAACCAGUGUGAUGCCGUGGAGCACUUCUUGUAGCUAGAUCACGUUAUCCUUAAAAUUACAAAAGAGAUUUUUUUAUAUUCAUUAAAUGUGACAUGAACACACAAUGAGAGAAAUCACGUCCUUCUGUUCUUCAAGAAAGGUUUUCCUGUUACGGGACUACAAAGGAUCUCCAUCUAUGUCGUAAAUAACCUAAGCAUGCGAUUUAUCCUGAUUUUUAUGUUA